CCUGAGAAACCUAAUAAUGAGAAGAAUUUAAAUAAUGUUCCUUUGACUGAUAAUUUAACUUCCAAUUCAAAUGUUUCAGAUGUUAAUCUGGUUGAGAGGCAACAACGGCAAGUUUUAAUUACUCAUGCGGGACUUGAUUUUUUUGUUUCUUCUAAUGCUCUAAUUCAUAGACCUGGCACACUAUGUACUCUUGGUUUUGCGGCAAAAGGAGUUCGCGGUAAUGCUCGUUUUAAAUUUGACCAUGGAUUUUUAGUUCUUGGUGGUUGUCUUCCUAGUGAUAAACAAGAAAGAGGUUAUGCUGCUUUUCAUGUUCGUCAUCGGAAUCAAGCCGAAGAAGUGAUUAGAAUCGGGUCAGUUGGCAGUCUUAAACACGAACCCGCUAGUGGUCUAAGUUAUGCUCUUGUCAGAUUACUUCCUAAUAAUGAUGAACGUGUUUUAUGA